AUGAUUGUCGAAAAGGUUGAGGAGCUCAUCGCCCUCAUAUCUGCCCAACGUAUUCUGAGCCAGCCAUCAUGGAACCAGGUCAGGGUUGCCACCCUAUAUCCCUGGGUGUUGGGUGUCAUUGGACCACCCGGCCCGCUACCUUUACCAAUCAUCGGGAACACGCACCUCCUUCCACCGAACAAGCCAUGGAUCUACUUUGAGCAGCUCUCAAAGCAAUAUGAUUCACCCCUGAUCACCUUCUGGACCGGUCGCCGGCCGACCAUCUGGAUCUGCGAUGCCUGGGCCGCUAGCGAGCUCCUCGACAAGCGCGCCGCCAUCUACGCAUCCCGCCCGCGCAUGGUCGUCUUCAGCGAGCUGGGCGCCGGCCAGUCUAACCUCGUCAACAUGUACUACGGUGAUCGUUGGCGUCUGCACCGGAAAUUGACACAUAUGGGAGUCGGCCUGCAGCAAGUCCGCAAUUAUCGUGGCUUCCAGAAUGACGAGAGCAAAGUGGUUGCGCUGGAUCUGCUGCAGGAGCCGACGCAGUACGUCAAACAUUUCGAGCGGUAUGCGACGAGCGUCGUCUCGAUUAUCGGCUUUGGGCGGCGCGUGGCGACAUUCAUGGAUCCAAUCAUUACGGAAGUAAUUGCAGUCAUGCAGCGCGCAGCGGAGCUGAACGUGCCCGGGAAAACCUUUCCCAUGCUGAUGGAGUCAUUUCCAUUCCUCGCCAGAUUUCCUAACUGGAUGGCACCGUGGAAACAGGGUCUGGGUGGAGGACAAGGCCGUGGCCGGCCCUUCUUCUACGCGUUGGCCGAGGAAGCAGCCCAGAACCCGGACGCAGACCAAUGCUACGCAAAGAAGAUCUUCGACGAAGCGCCAAAGCACAACCUCUCCCGGAUGGAGAUCUCCUCGCUCUCAGGCAACCUCUUCGGCGCGGGCAGCGACACCUCAAGCUCGACGCUGGUUACCUUCAUCCUCGCCUGCUGCGCCUUCCCGGAGACCCUAACCAAAGCAUGGGACGAGCUAGACCGCGUGGUGGGUCCACAUCGAAGCCCGACAUUCCAAGAUGAGCCAGAGUUGCCGUAUGUGAAGGCUUUCAUGAAGGAGGUGCUGCGGUGGAGAUCCGUCGCCAUUAUUGGCGGACAGCCGCAUGCACCGAUCAAGGACGAUCGCUAUAAGGGCUGGCUGAUUCCCAAACACACCUGGGUCCAGGGGAACGUCUGGGCCAUCCACCACCACGAGCGAGAAUUUCCUGAACCAGACCGCUUCAACCCCGAUCGCUAUAUCCAGGGGAGUCCUGACCAGCGUCCAUUUCCAAAUGAGAAGGGGUACAUGACCUUUGGAUGGGGGCGGCGCGUGUGCAGUGGCCAGGGACUGGCGGAGCAAGGAACAUUCAUCACGAUCGCACGGCUGCUUUGGGGAUUCCGAAUCGAGAAGGCGCUCGAUUUUCAGGGCCAGGAGAUUCCCGUGGACAUUUUUGAUUUCACGGCCACAUCCUGGCCCGCGAGUGACCCAUCUAGUAAUGGCCUCAAUAUGCGGCCUAAUCCAUUUGAGUGCCGGAUCGCACCGCGCAGUCCGGAAAUCCGCACGACCAUUGAGAAGGAGGGAAGGCUGGCGUUGCAGGACCUAUCUUCCUAUGAAGGGGAGACCAAAUAUCGCAUGAGCACAUAUUACGCCACCGAGACGCUCUGA